CUUCCGUCAACUUUCUCUGCAAUCGAAAGCGAAAACCCAAUUCAAAUACAGCAAAUCAAAAUCCCACGUUCAAAAGUAUCUCAAAAUUGAACCAAUUCAACCAAGAAGAGGAAGAUGGAUUUCAGGCUAAUGGGUAUCGACACACCACUCUUCCACACUCUCCAGCACCUCAUGGACGCCGUCGCUGAUGAUUCCGACAAGUCUGUGAAUGCCCCAUCAAGGAAUUACGUACGUGACGCUAAGGCCAUGGCUGCAACACCAGCCGACGUGAAAGAGUAUCCCAAUUCCUAUGUUUUCGUUGUGGACAUGCCAGGGUUGAAAUCCGGAGAUAUUAAAGUGCAGGUGGAAGAUGACAAUGUGCUGCUGAUCAGUGGAGAAAGGAAGAGAGAAGAAGAGAAAGAUGGGGCAAAGUAUAUUAGAAUGGAGAGAAGGGUUGGGAAAUUCAUGAGGAAGUUUACGCUGCCAGAGAAUACGAAUAGUGAUGCCAUUUCUGCUGUUUGUCAAGAUGGAGUUUUGACUGUGACUGUCCAGAAGUUGCCUCCACCUGAGCCUAAGAAACCCAAAACUAUCGAGGUUAAAAUUGCAUGAAGCUAUGGAGCAGCUAUUACUCUGUUUUGUGGACAUGGGAAUGGAGGUUCUCUGUUCUAAUGUUUGAUGGUAUGGUGUAAUAACGAUGUUAGAGAUCUAGGGUGGGCGAUCUUUUGCUCUUCUGUCUUUAAGUUUUCUAUGUUUAUGAGUAUGAUGAAUGGGAAAUGUGUCUGUAUGCUGUAUCUUGUGUUUAAUGCAAGUGAAAUGCUACUUUUCUGUCUUUGAUUGCUAUAAA